AUGUCUGAAGUGAACAUAGAUCCGCCUACAGCUUCAUCUAAUUCCACCAAUUCGACUAUUUAUUUUGAUGCGGAAAAUGAUGAAAUAGAUUCAGAUCAAGGUGAGGUGGUCAGUUGCAGUGAUACAUUAGUCACAGAUAAUCUCAAUGGCCAUGACAAGACAUCAUUGACGGCAACUGGUGACAAUGGAGCAAUACACAAGUCUACGGCCAGUGUUUGCAGUACGACAACAGACGAGGAUUUGCAAAAUGAUGAGGCAUCGUCAACAUCCAGUAGACCCCUCGCAAAAGCCCUAGACUUGCAAGACACUGGGGACACAGAUGCGACGAAUAUUAUGUCGCACGAUCCCACAUGGAAAGGCCAAAAGAAGCAUAUUUUCAUAUUGAGUGAGGCUGGAAAACCCAUAUACUCAUUACAUGGCAACGAAGACAAGUUGGCCAUUUUAUUUGGUAUAAUUCAGGCAUUGGUUAGCUUUGUUGAGAAUAGCCAGGAUGAUAUAACGUCGAUUAAGGCUAAGGGUGUACAAUUUGUCUUUAUGGUCAAGAGCAAUUUGAUAUUUGUGGCUGCAUCAAGGACGCACUUGAGUGUUGCCCAGUUGCAGGUGCAGCUAAACGAUGCCCACAAUCAAAUAAUAUCCACUUUAACCUAUAGCCAAUUAACAAAGAUUUUCAAUCAACGCAAAAACUUCGAUUUGCGACGUCUGCUAGAGGGCAGCGAGCGAUUAAUCAACAAUUUACUGCUUAACGAUAGCAGUGGUAAAAAGAUUUCCAACAAUGUUUUCGCAUUUCUAACAAAUUCCAUUCGUAUUUUGCCGCUGCAGUCGUCGGUGCGGACAUCCAUAUCACAGGCUAUCAAAGAGAAUUGUUCAAAAAUUAAGAACUUAGUAUUUGCUAUACUCCUAGCUCAGAAUAGAUUAGUAUCAUUGGUUCAGAUGAAGAAAUAUUCAAUUCAUCCGGCAGAUUUAAGGUUAAUUGUAAACUUAAUUGAAUGCUCGGAAUCAUUUAAACCUUCGGAAAAUUGGACACCAAUAUGUCUGCCGAAAUUCGAUAUGAAUGGCUAUUUGCAUGCUCACGUCUCUUAUUUGGAGGAAAACUCACCAGCUUGCCUUCUUUUACUUUCCGUGGAUCGUGAUGCCUUCUUCACACUGUCCGAAGCCAAGCAGUCGAUAACGGAAAAAUUAAAACGUUCGCAAUGUAUCGAAGCAAUAAAUGAAGCUGUGCUACAAACCACCAGGGGAAAACAACAGUUGAACUCCAUUGGUAUUCCCGAAUUGAGACAUUUCCUGUAUAAACCAAAAUCUGCAGCCCAAAUACUUUGCUCAGAAAUUGUUGCUCCAUAUACGAAUCUAAGUGAUUUCGAGCGCCUCGAAUCCAUUUACUGUGAUCUUCUGGAACGUAUACGUAACAGUAAACGCCCCCUUAAACUUAUAUUGGAAACAAGAAGCAAUGAAGUCGCUUUGGCUUGGUCCACUGAAUUCUAUGAACUGUUUGUUGUCUUCGAUCCGUUGACACAGAAAAGUUCUGUCACCAAAGAUGUGGACAAGCUCAUAAAAUGGAUAGAGAAAGAAUAUGACACGUAUUUCAUACGAACACAUCCAACAUUUUGA